UUCACUGGAAGUAUAGCUGGUUCACUACUUCAAAAUCUUGUUUCAUGAUUCACUUCAUUAAUAAAUCAUCUGAUUCAUUGUCAUGGCGCAAUAUGCAGCUUGUCCUGCGUUCCAGCUUGGAAGACCUCGAUAUGAUCAGAGUACCUUUUUUGGCCGGCUGAGACACUUUGUAGCGAUCAUCGACCCCAGCACACUCUUUGUGUCUGAGAAACGAUUGAGAGAAUGCGUCAAACUCCUGGAGGAUUUUAAACAUGGAACACUACCACUGGGAGUUACAGAUCUACAGCUAUGGGAAGCCCAAAAGGUGAAGCAGGCCAUCAUUCAUCCUGACACAGGAGAGAAGAUCUUCAUGCCUUUCAGAAUGUCAGGUUAUGUCCCAUUUGGAACACCAAUUGUUGUGGGCCUUCUUCUUCCAAAUCAGACUGUGGUAUCUACUAUUUUCUGGCAGUGGCUGAACCAAAGUCACAAUGCCUGUGUCAACUACUCAAACCGCAAUGCUACUAAGCCUACACCAACAUCCAAGUUUCUUCAAGGUUACUUCGGAGCUGUGACCAGUGCUGUCUCCCUUGCGGUGGGACUGAAUGUACUGAUUCAGAGAGCCAACAGGUUGAGUCCAGCAACCCAAAUAAUCAUACAGAGACUCAUCCCUUUCCCAGCUGUGGCCAGUGCCAACAUUUGCAAUGUGGGCCUCAUGAGGCACAAUGAGCUGUCGGAGGGCAUCGACGUGCUGGACGGAAAUGGGAACGUGGUGGGCUCCUCAAAGAUUGCUGCCAAACAUGCAAUUAUGGAAACUGCCUUUACCAGAGUGGUCCUCCCGAUGCCAAUCUUUGUCCUUCCUCCCAUCAUCAUGUCCUACCUAGAAAAACUUCCAUUCCUGCAGACGAAUCGGAGGCUGUUGCUGCCCAUCCACAGCCUGGUGUGUCUGGCUACCUUCAGCCUCUCGCUGCCCCUGGCCAUCAGCCUAUUCCCACAGAUGUCUCAGAUUGAGGUGUCUCAGCUUGAGCCUGAAAUUGCCAUGGCAACCAAUAGCAAGGUGGUGACCUACAACAAGGGACUGUGAGGACCGUCCCGGGAACAACGACUCAAAUGAGCCUCCUUUUUGAUUGGCUAUCACGGACACUCCAGUUUCCCCACUAAUGGAUUGGCGGAAGGGAAGCUGAUCCUAGAUCUGUACCUAGGGGAAGCUUCACCCAAGAGCUCUCUCUCCCAUAGCCUAAUAUGGUAACAGGUCCAGGCACUUUCUGCUGCAUUAAUAUAGUGUAACAUAUUUUAUCAUGUGCUGUCUUAACCAAUGGUUUUAAUACAACAUAUACAAAAAUGUGUUUUAUUGUCACUUACACCAGAGAGGUGCCGUGAAUUGUGUUGUUUUACAGGGUCAGCCUUACCAGUCCAGCACCCCUGGAGCAUAUUAGGGUUAAGUGCCUUGCUCAAGGCCACAUCUGCAGAUUUUUUUACUUUUCGGUUACUGGUCCAACCGCUAGGCUAUAUGCCACCUAUGAGGCCAAUCAGUAAUGAUUGAGGAAGUUAAGGAAAUAAUAGACUAAUAAUAUAUUAUGAUGGGCCUUUAUAAUGUUAUGCCUAUACCAGCAAGUUUACAAUUGGUGGUGAUGAUCAACCCAUUUGUCUUUAACUUUAAUAUGAAAUGUGUUUUUAUUGUUCACCCAAACUGCUGUAGUUGUUUGAAUGUUUGGGGGAGGGCAUACAGUUGAAGUCGGAAGUUUACAUACACUUUAGCCAAGUACAUUUAAACUCAGUUUUUCAUAAUUCCUGACAUUUAAUCCUAGUAAAAAUUCCAUGUUUUAGGUCAGUUAAGAUCAACACUUUAUUUUAAGAAUGCGAAAUGUCAGAAUAAUAGGAGAUAAUUAUUUAAGCUUUUAUUUCUUUCAUCACAUUCCCAGGGGGUCAGAAGUUUACAUACUCAAUUAGUAUUUGGUAGCAUUGCCUUUAAAUUGUUUAACUUGGGUCAAAUAUUUCGUGUAGCCUUCCACAAGCUUCCCACAAUAAAUUGGGUGAAUUUUGGCCCAUUCCUCCUGUCAGAGCUGAUGUAUCUGAGUCAGGUUUGUAGGCCUCCUUGCUCGCACAUGCUUUUUCAGUUCUGCCCACAAAUUUUCUAUAGGAUUGAGGUCAGGGCUUUGUGAUGGCCACUCCAAUAGCUUGACUUUGUUGUCCUUAAGCCAUUUUGUCACAACUUUGGAAGUAUGCUUGGGGUCAUUGUCCAUUUGGAAGACCCAUUUGCGACCAAGCUUUAAAUUCCUGACUGAUGUCAUGAGAUGUUGCUUCAAUAUAUCCACAUAAAUUUCCUACCUCAUGAUGCCAUCUAUUUUGUGAAGUGCACAAGUCCCUGUUUGGAUGGUGUUCUUCAGCUUGCAAGCCUCCCCCUUUGUCCUCCAAACAUAACGAUGGCCAUUAUGGCCAAACAGUUCUAUUUUUGUUUCAUCAGACCAGAGGACAUUUCACCAAAAAGUACAAUCUUUGUCCCCAUGUGCAGUUGCAAACCGUAGUCUGUCUUUUUUUAUGGCGGUUUUGGAGCAGUGGAUUCUUCCUUGCUGAGCGGACUUUCAGGUUAUGCCGAUUUAUAGGACUCGUUUUACUCUGGAUAUAGAUAUUUUUGUACGUGCUUUCUCCAGCAUCUUCACAAGGUCCUUUGCUGUUCUGGGAUUGAUUUGAACUUUUCGCACAAAAGUACAUUCAUCUCUAGGAGACAGAACAUGUCUCCUUCCUGAGUGGUAGGAGGGCUGUGUGGUCCCAUGGUGAUUAUACUUGCGUACUAUUGUUUGUACAGAUGAACGUGGUACCUUCAGGCGUUUGGAAAUUGCUCCCAAGGAUGAACCAGACUUGAGGAGGUCUACAAUUUAUUUUCUGAGGUCUUGGCUGAUUUCUUUUGAUUUUCCCAUGAUGUCAAGCAAAGAGGCACUGAGUUUGAAGGUAGGCCUUGAAAUGCGUCCACAGGUACAUCUCCAAUUGACUCACAUGAUGUCAAUUAGCUUAUCAGAAGCUUCUAAAGCCAUGACAUCAUUUUCUGGAAUUUUCCAAGCUGUUUAAAGGCACAGUAAACUUAGUGUAUGUAAACUUCUGACUUAUAAGUGAAAUAAUCUGUCCUUAAACAAUUGUUGGAAAAAUUACUUAUGUCCUAACUGACUUUCCAAAACUAUAGUUUGUUAACAAGAAAUUUGUGGAGUGGUUGAAAAACGAGUUUUAAUGACUCCAACCUAAGUGUAUGUAAUCUUCCAACUUUAACUGUACAUGUACUGACAUCAAACAUUUUUAGGAUUUUUCUGAAUUAUUUUGUAUUUUUUAAAUCAAGAGUUUUACAAGCAUAUCAGUCAGUGUUGAGUGAUAGAUCCUGAUUGGCUGUUCAUGUCUUAUGAUGCCCCAAAUAAUGUUAAAAAUUAGGCUCGGCUACGUUACACAGUAGGCUACGCUACUCAGUAGACUAGGCUACACAGUAGUCUACGCUACACAGUGGGCUAGGCUACACAGUAGGCUACUUGAUUCUGAUAGAAAGAUUAACAAAAAGGAACCUGUUCAGAAUCAGCCUGUAGCCUCUACACCCUGCACUAGCCUCUACACCCUGUCCUAGCCUCUACACCCUGUCCUAGCCUCUACACCCUGCACUAGCCUCUACACCCUGUCCUAGCCUCUACACCCUGCCCUAGCCUCUACACCCUGUCCUAGCCUCUACACCCUGCACUAGCCUCUACACCCUGUCCUAGCCUCUACACCCGUCCUACAAGCUACUGUUGAAUCCCAGUUCUCCUCCCUAAGUGUACACCAUCAUGGAUUUAAAAGCACUGGAUUACUGUAAGUGUUGGUUGGAGGACGUUUCUGCCACUAUGAUGUAUAAUGUGCAAGUGCACGCGUCGGGAGAAGGGUGGAGAAUUGGGAUGCAGCUUAGGUCUGUUUCUUGACAAGUGCCAUUCUAGGACGUUAUAGAGGAAAGUCUGUUUGUGGACCAUGGUUGCUAAAAUGUUUUUUUUAAAUGUAUAUUCUACGUUUUAUAUUUUUAUACAUUCCCCUUUAAAUGAUCAUAGUAUGAGAAAUGGUACAAUACAGUAUUGACUGAUCGAAUAAGUUAAAUAACUGGUGAAUAACUUAUUUUUGCACAGUAAAAUGUUUUUGUGUAUAUAUAAUAACAUUAUUACCAGAAUAUAUUGUACUAACCAAUGUGUGUUAUCCACAUCCUCUUGUACAUACAGUGCAAUCGGGUAGUAUUCAGACCCCUUCACUUUUUGCUCAUUUUGUAAUGUUAUUCUAAAAUGUAUUAAAUUUCUUUUUCACCUCAUCAAUCUACAUACAAUACCCCCAUAAUGACGAGGCAAAAAAAUGUUUUUUAGAAAUUUUGCAAGUAUAUUACAAAUAAAAACCUUAAAUAUUACAUUUACGGAAGUAUUUUCAACCCUUUACUCAGUACAUUGUUGAAGCACCUUUGGCAGCGAUUACAGCCUUGAGUAUUCUUGGGUAUGACGCUACAAGCUUGGCACACCUGUAUUUGGGGAGUUUCUCCCAUUUUUCUCUGCAGAUCCUCAAGUUCUGUCAGGUUAGCUGGUGAGUGUCGCUGCACAGCUAUUUUCGGGUCUCUCCAGAGAUGUUCAAUCGGGUUCAAGUCCGGGCUCUGUAUAGGCCACUCAAUGACAUUCAGAGACUUGUCCCGAAGCCACUCAUGUGUUGUCUUGGCUGUAUGCUUAGGGUCAUUGUACUGUUGGAAGGUGAACAUUUUGCCCCUGUCUGAGGUCCUGAGCGCUCUGGAUCUGGUUUUCUUCAAGGAUCUCUCUGUACUUUGCUACGUUCAUCUUUCCGUCGAUCCUGACUAGUCUCCCAGUCCCUGCCACUGAAAGACAUCCCCACAGCAUGAUGCUGCCACCACCAUGCUUCACCAUAGGGAUGGUGCCAGGUUUCCUCCAGAUGUGACGCUUGGCAUUCAGGCCAAAGAGUUCAAUCUUGGUUUCAUCAGACCAGAGAAUCUUGUUUCUCAAUCUUGUUUCUCAUGGUGUGAGAGUCUUUAGGUGCCUUUUGUCAAUCUGCAAGCGGGCUGUCAUGUGCCUUUUUACAGAGUAGUGGCUUCUGCCACUCUACCAUAAAGUCCUGAUUAGUGGAGUGCUGCAAGGUUCUCCCAUCUCCACAGAAGAAUUCUGGAGCUCUGUCAGAGUGACCAUCGGGUUUUUGGUCACCUCCCUGACCAAGGCCCUUUUCCUCCGAUGGCUCAGCUGCCCGGAGGCCAGCUCUCGGAAGACUCUUGGUGGUUCCAAACUGCUUCCAUUUAAGAAUGAUGGAGGCCACUAUGUUCUUGGGGACCUUCAAUGCUGCAGACAUUUUGUGGUACCCUUCCCCAGAUCUGUGCCUUGACACAAUCCUGUCUCGGAGCUCUAUGGACAAUUCCUUCGACCUCAUGGUUUGGUUUUUGCUCUGACUUGCACUGUCAACUGUGGGAUCUUAUAUACGCAAGUCUGUGCCUUGUCCAAUCAAUUGAAUUUACAAUAGUUGGACUCCAAUCAAGUAGAAACAUCUCAAGGAUGAUCAAUGGAAACAGGAUGCACCUGAGAUCAAUUGAGUCCCAUCGCAAAGGAUCUGAAUUCUUAUGUAAAUGAGGUAUUUCUGUUUUUUAAAUUAUAUUUGCUAAAGAAAAUCUAAAAAACAGUUUUUGCUUUGUCAUUAUGGGGUAUUGUAUGUGUGUGUGUGUGUGUGUGUGUAGAUUGAGGAUUUUUUGUUGUUGGUUUAAUUCCAUUUAUAAUUAGGCUGUAACAAAAUGUGGAAUGUGUCUGAAUGCGCUGUAUUUAAAGAUGGAAUUCUUAGUUGCUACAUCCAUUUUUGGACUUAAUUAUAUAUAUGCUCAUUAAUUAUUUUAAAAUAUAACCUAGAAAUGCACAAUGAGCUUAGUUCAACAGUCCAUCACAUCCCAAUAAGCGCGUUUUACUCCAAUGUUUGUAAACAAUGUAAAUGUAAACUAACACUAUCGCCUCGAAACAAGGUUAAAACUAUACUGAACAAAAAUAUGAAAGCAAGAUGCAACAAUUUCAAAGAUUUUACUGAGGCACAGUUCAUAUUAAGAAAUCAGUCAAUUUAAAUGAAUAAAUUACGCCCUGAUCUAUGGAUUUCACAUGACUGGUAAUACAGAUAUGCAUUGGUUGGUCACAGAUACCUUAAAAAAUGUACUGGUGUGGAUCAGAAAACCAGUCAGUAUCUGGUGUGACCACCAUUUGCCUCAUCCAGCGCAACACAUCUCUUUCAAAUAGAGUUGACCAAGCUGUUGAUUGUGGCCAGUGGAAUGUUGUCUCCUCUUCGAUAGCUGUGCUUAGUUGCUGGAUAUUGAAGGUAACUGGAACACACUAUUGAACAUGUCAAUCCAGGGCAUCCCAAACAUGCUCAAUGGGUAACAUGUCUGGUGAGUGUGCAGGCCAUGGAAGAACUGGGAAAUGUUCAGUUUCCAGGAAUUGUGUACAGAUUCUUGUGACAUGGGGCCGUGCAUUAUCAUGCUGAAACAUGAGGUGAUGUCGGUGGAUGAAUUGCACAACAAUGGGCCUCAGGAUCUUCUCACGGUAUCUAUGUACAUUCAAGUUGCCAUUGAUAAAAUGCAAUUGUGUUCGUUGUCGUUAGCUCAUGCCUGCCCAAACCAUAACCCCCAGCGCCAUUAUGGGGCACCCCGUUCACCAUGUUGACAUCCGCAAACCGCUCUCCCACAUGAUGCCAUACACAUGGUCUGCGGUUGUGAGGCCAGUUUGACGUACUGGAAAAUUCUCUAAAACAAGAGGUGGCUUAUGGUAGAGAAAUUAACAUGACAUUCUCGGGUAACAGCUCUGGUGGACAUUCCUGCAGUCAGCAUGCCAACGGCAAUCAGUGGCUUUGUGUUGUGUGACAAACUGCACAUUUUAGAGUGUCCUUUUGUCCCCAGCACAAGGUGCACCUGUGUAAUAAUCAUGCUGUUUAAAUAGCUUCUUCACAUGCCAAACCUGUUAGGUGGAUAGAUUAUAUUGGAAAAUGAGAAAUGCUCACAAACAAGUGUAUAUAUAAAAAGGGAGGACAAAAAUUGAGAGAAAUACGCUUUUUGUGCGUAUGGAAAGUGUCUGAUCUUUUAUUUCAGCUCAUUAAACAUGGGACCAACACUU